GUAAGAAUAAUGAAACUUACCAUCACAAUGUUAAGAAAACCCUCUUACUACCUCGAAGCCACAAGCAAGCAGGACAAUUUACGUACGCAGGUAAGUAUUUUGUUUUCUAUUUCAAUGCGUAUUUUGACUGAAUGAAAAUGAAAAAAGUGUAUUUUUCUUCUCUGAUCUCUCGAAUCGAUAUUAGUGAUCAAAUGUACCUUUUCUUUCAGACACAGAGAAGUUUAUAGCGAAGCGAGUAUAACAAGCAAUUAGCUGUCUUUUUGUAAGCUUGCCGCUAAUAAAACUUCAAACCUCAUCAGGAUCGUAAGAAAAAUUAAAAGGGACACUUGCGUUCCUUCAAGCAUAGAUUUCUUCAAGACUCAGAGUAGUUUCACAGCUCCAAAUCACGAUCGAUGGGCACGUACCAAAUAUAAGCUUUGAUAUACGUUUCUGAAAGUAUUUGAUGAUUUGUUCGUUAGAUUCUCAUAGUAUGUCUCCUUGAUCAAAAACUUUGGUUUACAAAUUUGUAAAACACGCUAACCUUUUCUCGUUUAAAUGAAUCUCUGGCAGACAAAAAGUGUAAAUUUGAAAUAUUUGAUUGCAAUCGCCUAAUCAACAUACACACAUUCAUUGAACUGAAAGAUUUGUAAGCACGUUUUUUCGAAUUGAUAAAGAGAUGAUUAGAAAUGUAAAACAGAAAUACAUCUCCACCUAAACUUGUUUCAGUGGUGUUCCGUCUCAGCUUUUAUCCGUGUCUUUAAAAGGAAGUAAUCUUAAAUCAAAGUAUUGAAAAUAAUCACCAAAGGAACACUUCAUAAUGCCAGAUGAAUGUCUUUUGAUCAACUCGGCGGGAAUUAGGUUGUUGACACGCGCUAUAUUUACGUGAAGACAAAAAAGUAAUUGACGUUGAAGUUUUGAUAAGAUCUUUUCAGGUAAUAGGUCUCCAUGGAGACUUGUACAAACUGCAUGUACAAAGUCUGUACAAGGUAUUUCUAUUUCUAUCAGGCAAUAUUUUGCAAUUUGAUUGCUGGGCUAGCGCGUAUUUAACACUUCUAAAAGCAACGUGAUCAAAAGAGCGUUGAAUGGACUUAUUUACUUAACAUUUAGUCAACGUUGUCCCAAUGACCUUAAGUUGUUUCUGCCAAACAUUUACAAUUGCAAAAUGAUCAUCGGUGCAUACUUGAUACAAUGCCCUUAAAGUUUCGCUGACUAAACACAAAAACUUGCAAAAACGCGUAUGCAUUCUUCUAUAUACCAUUUACUUGCAUGCUGAGAAAAUCAUUUUUCUCUUUCAAUCCUUCCGAGACCCAUCUAACAGGAGCUUGAUGGCCCAGACACUUUAUGAUAGCUCCCUAACAUGGCCAUUGCAUCAAUAUAACUAUCAUGAGAGUAAUCCAGAGCUUUCAUCCCACAUCCCUGAUGCAAUGAAGUCAGUUUCAGCUAACAGAGAGCAAGUGGACUACACCAUGAGUCACAAGAAAGGUUCUCCAAAGAAGAGGUUGUCACGGUUGGAAUUGCUCCGAAGUGAUUACAGCAAGAAACUUCAAAUUGAGAGAGAAGAGAAGAUUCGUAGACUGAAAAUUAUUCAACAGGAGAAUGGUCACAAUCAGGGUAGCAGUAAUGGCGGAAUGGUACGUGGAUUUUUUGCAGAGAGAAGAGCACUGGAGGCUACAAGAAAAGGGCAGAAAAAUCCUGAACUUCUUCCCCCUAUUGAGUCACAUUUCAGAAUGGUGAGAGAUAAAAAACAGGAGCCAUUUCCUGAACACGUAGUUAGAAAUAGACAAAAUUCAAAAACAAAUCUGACACAUGGUAAGCCAUUCAGUGUGAAACAGGAACCAUUUCCAUCACAAAAACCAUUGCCAACAAAAUACUCAUCAAGGACUCAAACAAAGACAGUUGGUGUCACUGUGCGAAAGAGAACAAAAGGUGUUGAUAAACAAGAUCCUCUUCCUCCAGUGAACAAGGGUCAGUCUGAAGUAACAAGGAGAAAACCACCAACUCCAAAUAAAAGAUACGAAACACAUUCUGUUUUGAAACAGGAUGAUGUGGAGGCUUUUGAGUAUUCUGGCCCAUCUAAUUUGCCAAUACCUCCUAUUGAGAGACGACCAAAGCGUUCAAAGGUUCCCUUGCCUCCCCCAAGUGCAGAAGACUUAGUAAGUGAUUUUGAUGAUGCACAAAGCACCCUUACUGAUUAUAGCAACAUAGCUCCAAAUCUGAGCAAACUAAAAGCGAAGGCACUGAAACAAAGACAACUAAGCAAGCAACAGUUAAUUGACACAAAUAAAACUCAGGAAAAUGCCAAAUUAACCGACUUUCAAAAAUGGCAAAUGGAACAGGAUCAAGAACGAAUAGAAAGGCUAGAAAAACACAAGCAGAAAUCAGAGUUGUCUCUCUCCCAGAGGGAAAAUGAACUACUCAAACAAAUACAGGAAGAACAACUUAGGCUUGAAAAAUUAAAGUUGCAGAGGGAAGAACUGGUAGAACAAGAGAUACGACAAAAAGAGGAGGAUGAAAAAUGGUUAGCUGAAAAGCAGAGCUUGGAGGAGCAGGCAAUCAUUUCUAAGCAAACUUUGGCCAAAGAUUCUAAUCAGACAAAAAAGGUAGCCUUAAAAAAGGCUUCAACAUUGCCCAAGGAACCACGAAAGGUGAAAACUCCCCUUCAACAACUCCAGGGAGAAGAACUUGACACAACUGAAAAAAUUCAUGACAAUGCUUACAGAGAUUUUUAUGAGCAACAAACACAAGAUGUUGGUGAGGUUUCCAUGGAUGUUUCUCCUUGUUCAAUUUGUGGGCGCAAGUUUGCUGUAGACAGGUUGGCCAAGCAUGUAAAAAUUUGUGCAAAAAGUUCAAUGUCCAAACGCAAAGUUUUUGACACAAGAAAGCAUCGCAGUGAGGGUACUGAACAUGAAAAAUAUGUUCAGAGUGGAAAAUAUCUUGAGGAGCCCAAGGCAAAGGUUGGUGUCUGCUUACUCAUCCUUCCCACCUAUUCUUUUGGAAUGUCAGGCAAUUUUCCCUCAAGAGAAUCUAUCAGAGGAGUGAAGCAUGAAAUUCAUAGAGAUUUCAAGAGAUCUUUGCAUAGAAAUCCAGGGUCACCUUGUUUAGAAAAAGUUUCUGAAUGUGCCUGCUAACAGUAGGCUUUAAGCAACCCCUCCUUUUUGGCAAAGUCUGUUGCACAAGUCCAUAAUAAUAACUUUUGCUAGAUGGCGGAAUUCAAAAUACAUAAUUGAAUCAUGCAUGAAGCUAGGAUAAGUAUUGGACUUUCAGGGGGUGUUUUGAGGCUGGAGUAUAUCUUUCUAAGAAAAUUUAUUUAGCAUCAAAGUCUUCUGUUGCUCCAGUUUGGUUUAUUAUGUGUAUUUGUCCCAGGGAUACAAGCCCUUCUGCUGGCUCUUUUUGCUUCUGUCCCUCUGAAAAUUUGUGAAAAAAAUUUAUAUGAAUUAAUUUUGAAGACUAAUUCCCUCUUAAACCCCCAAAAUUUCCAACAACCCCUCAAAUAUAAUAUGUGUUUAUCUACCAGAGCCAAACAAACAGACAAUUUUUAUGGCAACAAUUUGAGAACUAAAAUUUUUUUUAACUUCCCUGUCUGAUAACUUCAAAAGUAAAUUUCGUUUUUAAUUUCAGCCCAAGGUAGACUGGAGAGCUCAACAUGAAAAUUUCAUCAAAGCAAUCCGCUAUGCUAAGGGAGCAAGCGACACACCUCCUCCACCUGCAGAAAACCCAGACUAUGUAAAGUGCCCACACUGUGAGAGAAAGUUUAAUGCUGCUGCUGCAGAGAGACACAUACCAAAAUGCAAGGACAUAAAGGCCAAACCUGCUCCUUUAAAGAGGAAGAAACGAUAA